GGGUGGGGAGCGGCGGCGGCGGCGGUGAGGGAGGCGGGGAAGAAGGGACGGGGCUGCCCGCCCGCCAUGGACCGGUUUGCGUGGACCAGCGGGCUGCUGGAGCUGGGGGAGACGCUGGUGGUCCAGCAGCGCGGCGUGCGCCUCUGCGACGGGGAGGAGAAGGUGAAAUUUGAUAGUGGAGUAUUAUUUCUUAGCACACACAGACUAAUCUGGAGGGAUCAGAAGAAUCAUGAGUGCUGCAUUGCUAUACCUCUGUCUCAGAUCGUCUUUAUUGAAGAGCAAGCAGCCGGGAUAGGAAAAAGUGCCAAAAUAGUAGCUCAUCUUCAUCCUGCUUCUUCAAACAAAGAGCCUGGUCCAUUCCAAAGCAGCAAAUAUUCCUACAUCAAGCUUUCUUUCAAAGAGCAUGGGCAGAUCGAGUUCUACAGACGGUUAUCAGAAGAAAUCACACAAAGGAGAUGGGAGAACAUGCCGACUGGUCAGACCGUGCCAGUUAACAAGGAUCCACAGGCAGGAAGAAUAAGGGCUGUAGGAAUUGUGGGGAUCGAAAGGAAAUUAGAGGAAAAAAGAAAAGAGACUGACAAAAACAUUUCUGAGGCUUUUGAGGAUCUUAGCAAACUAAUGGAGAAGGCUAAGGAAAUGGUGGAGUUAUCCAAGUCAAUAGCUAAUAAGAUUAAAGAAAAACAGGGUGACAUCACGGAGGAUGAGACCAUUAGGUUCAAGUCCUACCUCCUGAGCAUGGGUAUAGCUAAUCCCGUGACUAGGGAGACAUGCGGAUCUGGGACGCAUUACCACAUGCAGCUGGCGAAGCAGCUAGCUGGAAUCCUGCAGGCACCGUUAGAGGAGCGAGGAGGGAUCAUGUCACUUACAGAAGUGUACUGUCUGGUGAAUCGUGCACGAGGAUUGGAGUUGCUGUCACCAGAAGAUUUAGUAAAUGCUUGUAAGAUGCUGGAGUCACUGAAAUUACCGCUGAGGCUUCGGAUAUUUGACAGUGGUGUGAUGGUGAUUGAACUCCAGUCUCAUAAUGAAGAGGAAAUGGUAGCUUCUGCUUUAGAGACAGUAUCUGAAAAGGGUUCUCUCACAGCUGAUGAGUUUGCUAAGCUGGUGGGGAUGUCUGUUCUCUUAGCCAAAGAAAGGCUGCUUCUUGCUGAAAAGAUGGGCCAUCUUUGCAGAGAUGAUUCAGUGGAAGGCUUGAGAUUCUACCCAAAUUUGUUUAUGACGCAAAGCUAAUACAGUUCGUGUACGAUUUGUUAGGUAACGGCCGAACGAGAGCAGAGGGCAGAACCCUUCCAACAACCGGCUUUAGCAUUUGAUUCUGUUAGUCAGCUCCAAGAGUGAUGAACAUUGCAAAGCUUUACAGCUCUCAGGUAUUUCAAGUGCUGACUCCUCUGACGUGGAACUGAAGAGAAAUAGGAAUCACUGAGUCAGAAGCACGUUAAUUGUCUCACACCAGCUAGCUCAUGUUUCAGGUUUUAUUUGAUGUGCUCCGCAGCCUCUCAUUUCAGGAGAAAUCAGAUGAAGAUUCCACACAAGUGAAAGAGGAGAGAAUAUCCCUGUAGUCGGCCGUGAGGGUCGGCACCCAGAAGACAGGUUACUGCAUGCUCCAAUUUCACUUUGUUUAUGUCUAGAGCAACAAAGCAGACAGAUGCAUCCGUAGUGAUAAGAAAAAAUUACUUUGGUGUGUACUGAGGUAUAAGGAACAAAGCAGUGUAGAAUAACCCCUUCUCCCUGAAGUAAUGAACAGUUUUCUAAGAGAGGAUCUUGGGGUUCUUGUACCCUGAGUCGGGAUGAACCCGCUGCAGGAGAGAUUAACACGUCACGUGAAUCUAGAAAAUAAUGGUGUUCACUUUGUCAUGUCCCACGCUGGUAUCGCAGAUAGAAGCGUUGUUGGCACAGGCUUCCUCCCUUCUCUCUCCUUGCCAUCUCCCUUCCUGUCUCAUCACGUUGCGCCGGGUGCCCUUUCCCUGUCCUCGCUUGACGGAGCAGGGUGGAGUAGCCUCCUGUCACCCUUGCAGACUCUCUGCUUUCACGUGCUUCGUCUUCAUCUCGUACCGCUACCGAAAAAUCAUUUGUUCGUUUCAGCAGCCUGUGGGCUGUUUUGGAGAGACAGUCCAUUUGCUCGUGUCUCGCGGGCACAAAUGAAUCGGCUUUCAGUGUUGACGGGAGGAAGAAGACUAUCACCCUGUAGUUAACAGCCCCGAGGUAUCAUAUUGUUUGGUAUUCCUCACCCUGUGUUCGCACUGAAUGCAACUUGAUAGUCUCAGUUUUCAUAACUCCAGUGGAGUUGUUACGUUACUUGAAGAUCUGUUGCCAUGGUAAUAACGGUAAGUGGAUGUUUAUGAUCCACAUCGCUUAAAUUUUUGGUGUUUUAAAGUGAUCAGUUUUAAUAAAUAACAAAAUCCCUUCAAGGUAUGGGCAAGGACAACCUAUAGGUAACCGCGCUGUGGUUGUAAUGGCCAAAUCAACAUUACAGAAAAGGAGGAAAAGGCUUUUAAGAGCCUGAAAAUGGUUUCAAAACUAUUGCAGCGUUACCAUAGCUUAGACAAGGAUUAAGAGCCUGACAGCAAGGAGCUCCGUGCGGGGAUCCCUGCAGUGCGGGUGCUUUUGGUUUAUAGGAUGCUCACGUAGAUCCAGGGAGUUGUGUCCCCUCAGCUCGUCCUGAGCAAACCUUUAGGCAGGGCUUCCUUGAGGGCAGUUUUUCUCUGUUUCACGAAGGUGCUAAAAGUAAGGUAUGUGACCCAGCGGAAGGACUGGGUGCCACGCCGUUCCUGCUGGAUUAGCCAUCUGGUGUCAGCUCGCCGGGAGCCUUGCGGCGCGCUGCUGCUUCUUUCCAUCCUCCUCACAGCCCCCAGAAGAGCUCCGCGUGAGGUGGGCCGAGCACCGCGCGUCUGAGGGGCGACGGAAAAGUCAGAAAUUCGGAAGCAAAAAGCUGGUUUGUGACAACUGCUUCUUUUGCCCGAUACCCAAACCUGUCAAGGGAGGCCAGUGGUUUAUGGGCCUGAACCUCUCCCCACGAGGGGGCCUGUCUUCUGCAGAGAGAACAAAACCAGAGGGGAAAUGCCAAGGUGAAAUGCUCCAACCCCGAGCGUUUCAUGAUCUUAAUUAAGCAAUAACAACACAGCCCAUUUAGAAUGGUGGCGCCUUCUCAAGCUUUUCUUUCCCGAGAUUUUUCCUUUACCUUUUUUUUUUGUUGUUGUUUCUACAGGGAAGAAAUCCGUAGGGUAAAUUGUAUAGCUGGUUUGGAAUUUAAACGUACAUGUGAGAAAAUGACUACUAGAAAUGAAUAAUAAUUAAAAGAUUUUCUUAAAUAGA